AGUUUUGAUUCAAUUAUUGAAUUUCAAUUGCAAAGCACAAUUUUUACUCCAUUGUGUUAGUUUAUUAUCUCUGCCAUUUAAUUUUUUAAUUUUAUUAAUUUAGACUAUCGGUUGAUCUUAUUGAUUCUAUUUCAUCAUGGAUGAUAUGGUAGAAUAUAAUGAAAUCUACAAGGAAGAUAGAGGAGCCAUGAAUAUUGGUCGUAUGAAGAUCUGUAAUCAAAGUAUCAUCUUCAAGAGCCAAAAGACUGGUAAAGUUGAACAUUUUCUCAAAGGAGAUGUUGAUGAAAUUGACUGGCAAAGAUUACCAACCAAUUAUAGUCUUCGGGUCGCUCUCAACAAUGGAAGCCUUUUCAGGUUCAUGGGAUUUCAGGAAAACGACUAUGACAAGUUGAGGAAAUCAAUUGAAACUAAUCUUGAUCUUUCUCUAAAUCCUAAAGAAUUGUGUCUUAAGGGUUGGAAUUGGGGAACUGCUAAUUUUAAAGGAACUGUUUUGUCUUUUGAUAUCGAUGAUAAACCCUCAUUUGAGAUUCCAUUGAAUUAUGUUUCCCAUUGUACUUCAGCUAAGAAUGAAGUUACUCUUGAAUUUCAUCAAAACGAUGCUGCUAAUGUUUCUCUUAUGGAGCUAAGGUUCCAUUUACCUUCACAAGGUGAAACUGUUGAUGGUCGAGUUCAAGCAUUCACCGAUGCUGUACUUUCUAAGGCCAAUAUUAUCCAAGCCACUGGUGAUGCUAUUGUCACAUUCACCGAAUUACAAUGUCUCACACCUCGUGGUCGUUAUGAUAUCAAAAUUUUUCCCACUUUCAUUCAGCUUCAUGGUAAAACUUUCGAUUACAAAAUUCCUCUCACCACCGUCCUCAGGCUUUUCCGUUUACCACAUAAGGAUGGUCGUCAAGUCUUCUUUGUCUUCAGCUUAGAUCCACCGAUUAAGCAAGGACAAACUCGUUAUCACUUUUUAAUUCUUCUCUUCAACAAAGAUGAUGAAACAAGUUUAGAAUUAAGUAUCACCGAUAGAGAAUUAUCGGAAAAAUAUGAGAAUAAACUUGAGAAAGAAAUGGCUGGGCCAACAUAUGAUGUUCUUGGUCAAAUUAUGAAGGUUCUGGUUCAACGUAAGAUCACAACUCCAGGAAUCAGUGGACCCAGUUCUCAGAAUCCAGCGAUAUCCUGUUCUUAUCGAGCUGGAGCUGGUUUAUUGUAUCCUCUUGAUAGAGGUUUUAUUUAUAUUCAUAAGCCGCCGGUUCACAUUCGUUUCGAUGAAAUUUUAUCCAUCAAUUUUGCUCGUUCUGGAGGAUCAACCAGAUCUUUCGAUUUUGAAGUCGAAACAAAAUCGGGUGUUGUUCACACUUUCAGCUCAAUCGAGAAAGAAGAAUACUCUAAACUGUAUGAUUUCGUCUCUAACAAGAAACUUCGUGUUAAAAAUCUUGGAAAUGAACCAAACAAAUCGACCGUUGAUGAUGAUCUUGUUGACUCUGAUGAAGAGAAAGAACCUGAUGCCUACUUAGCUAGAGUUAAACACGAAGGUAAAGUGAGAGAGGAAGAAGGUGAUUCUGAUGAAUCUGAUGAAUCGUUUAAUCCUGAUGCUGGUAGUGGAAGUGAUGGAGAUGUUGCCGAAGAAUUUGACUCUAACGCAUCGGAAAGUUCAUCAGGUGACGAUUCUGAGGCUUCUUCAGGAGCAGAAAGACGUAAACGUGAAAGAAAAGCCGAAAAGGAGAAAAAGAAAGAGAAACAAAAAAGUAAAGCCAAAGAAAAGAAAACUGAAAAGAAAUCUAAACACGAUGAUGGAAGACCAAAGAAACCCAUGUCAGCCUAUUUCUUGUGGCUUAACGACAGUCGGGAAAGAUUAAAGAGAGAAAAUCCCGGCCUCAGUUUGACCGAAAUGACCAAAAAAGCCGGUGAAAUGUGGAGAGAUGGAGUUGAGGAUAAGGCGAGAUGGGAAAAAGCGGCUCAAGAGGCGAAGAAAAAAUAUGAAAUCGAUAUGGACGCUUUCAGAGCUUCGGGCGGAGGAGCUGGUGAGUCUUCUAAAUCAUCGAAAUCAAAGCCGUCAAAAUCAAAAUCAUCUUCAUCAUCUUCCAAAAGUAAACCAAGUAAAACACCAGAUUCAUCAAAAAAGAAAACAGUUUCUCCUGUUAAAAGUGGUUCCUUCAAAUCAAAGGAAUAUAUUGAUGAUGGUGAUGAUUCAUCAAGUUCCGAUGAUGAUCGUAAACCAAAAGUCUCCAAGAAAAAAGGUAGAUCACCUUCGGCAAGUGAAAGCGAUGAAGAAAUGAGAAGUGCUUCAAGUACACCUUCCGACUCUGAUUAAAUCUCUUGGGCUCUAAACAACAUGAUUCAAUUUUAUUCUCAUGUUGAUUUAUUUACCAAAACAAAACAACAUUUUUAUAGUAAAAAAAAUUGUUAAAACCUGUUAAUGUAUUUGUGUUGAAUUAACAGUUCUUACAGUUGACAAUUAAUCUCGACAAAAUCCUACCACUAAUUACCUUUUCAUCCAAUUCAUUAAUUGUGUUAUCACUUUCAACUCUCACUCUCAUGAGCAACAAACAAUUACGAUCAUACAGUUUAAAAGCUAAGCUUGAAUAUGUAAAACAAUUCACUCAAUUUCCAUCUAAAUUGUAAUUCAACCACAAACUUGAUUUCUAUUAAAUUUUGGAGAUUGUUACCAAAAAUUAA